GGACCCAGACCUGGACCCUACCAUGAACCCCGCUUCCAAGUUCGACUUGUGUGCCGCGUGAGAGAAGGAGAAGCACAGUCCAAGUGGGCUGUCUUUGUGGUUAGAGCUGAGGGAAACAUCAUAUUGGUUUUAUAUCAUCAUCUUCAUAGUUUUUUUUCAAUUAAUUGAUGUUGGCUAUGUGAAUUCGGGUUCGCCGUUCUGAUUUAUACUUUUCGGAUUCUUUUCGCUUAUGAAGCCUUUGGAUUUUAGGCAUAAACCGAAAAUAAACGAAGCAUGGUGGUUGCCACUUCGUCGGAUUCAGGCUAAUUUAGAGCACAAGGAGAAUAAACAUUGGUUGGAGCAGUCCAAUAUAAGAUGUAUUUGUUCCAAUGGCUUUGUAUACUAUGUUGUCAUUUCGAUUUCCGACAGUUUUCUUGCAUCUCCCUGACCGUCUGAUGUCAGCAACAGACAGUUGGAAUGUGUUGCCUUCAAAUUGUUUGGGCUUGGGAACAGCGUACCCGACUAUCCCUAGAUGACAUUUGACUGUUUGGGAGGUGCUGGUAAAACGUAGGUUUGAAUUGAAUGCUUAGUGUCUGAAUUGGAAAGGAUGGUUGAUUUACCAGCCAUCAAACCUAUUAAUAAGGGCGCAAUUCACAAAAUUUGUUCGGGACAAGUUAUUCUAGAUCUUUCAUCUGCAGUAAAGGAGUUAGUUGAGAACAGCUUGGAUGCCGGUGCAAGCAGUAUUGAGAUAAGUUUGAAAGAAUAUGGUGAAGAAUACUUUAAAGUCAGCGAUAAUGGAUGUGGUGUCUCACCUAAUAAUUUUCAGGGUCUCACUCUUAAGUAUCACACUUCUAAAAUAGCAGAUUUUUCUGACCUUCAGUCUUUAACAUCUUUUGGCUUCAGAGGAGAGGCACUGAGUUCUCUUUGUGCACUAGGAGACCUUAGUAUUGAAACAAGAACAAAGAAUGAUCCGGUUGGAACACACCUGACAUUUGACCAUUCAGGUUUGAUAGCAUCUGAAAGGAAAAUAGCACGGCAAGUUGGUACAACUGUUACUGUUGAAAAGUUAUUCUCUACUUUGCCAGUAAGAAGUAAGGAAUUCAGUCGUAAUAUCCGCCGUGAAUAUGGAAAGCUGAUCUCUUUGUUACAUGCAUAUGCGCUCAUUUCCAAAGGAGUUCGAUUGGUUUGUACCAACACAACUGCAAAGAAUCACAAGUCUGUUGUGCUAAAAACUCAAGGAAGCGGUUCUUUGAAAGAUAAUAUUAUAACAAUAUUUGGGAUUAAAGUGUUUUCAUGCUUGGAGCCUUUGAAUUUGGAUGUUUCUGACAAUGUCCAAGUUGAGGGCUUCCUGUCAAAGCCUGGUUGUGGUAGUGGACGUUCCAUGGGGGAUAGACAGUUCUUCUAUGUAAAUGGUCGACCAGUGGACAUGCCUAAAGUGAGCAAACUUGUCAAUGAAUUCUACAAAAGCUCCAAUUCCCGGCAAUUUCCUGUUGCCAUUAUGAAUUUCAUCGUACCAACUUCGGAGUAUGAUGUGAAUGUCACUCCUGACAAAAGAAAGAUUUUCUUUACUGAAGAAGGAGCACUUAUGCUCGCGUUGAGAAAAUCACUGGAGAAAAUCUACUCCCCGGUUCACCACAGCUAUUUAGUUAACAAGAUUCCAGAGUGCAAACCAGAAUCUGGUAAUCAAAUGCAUGCUGAACUCAAUGAUAUCCAGGAAGAAACUGCUUGUUGCCAGGAGAUAUUGGUAGACACACCUAGUAGUAGAAAGUUUCUCAAAGAAGAAGUUCUUGACUCUUCUGAGAAAGAAAAGACCCUAUGCAAAAUGGAAGUGAAUCAGAUAUCAAGUUCCUCUGGACAUGAAAUAUAUGGGGGUGAUACUUUGUCCCCAGUGUCUCCAGGUUCCAAGUCAAUGGACUCUAUACUUGUCAGCAAUUGUUCUUCUAGAGAUGUGAUAGAUGGUAAGAAUGAUGAAUCUCUUGUGAAAAGAUUGGUAGACGAUUUAGUAUAUCCUUGUCAAUCUAAUGCUGUUCAAUCUAAGCUUACCAAGUUUGUAACUGUAAAUAAGAGGAACCAUGAAAGCAGUGCCAUGUUGUUGUCUGAAGAGCCUGUCCUGAGAAAAGGAACAAGUACCUGUAAAGUGAGGAAAACCACUUUGGAAAUGAGAUCAAGUACUGUGUUCUCGAAACCUUACAAGAGCAACAACUUACUUGAGGCUUUGAAUGAAGUUGCUGAAGAAGAUAGUUUGGAAACUGUAAAAGUAAAGCAAGAUGGUUUGGAGCAUCAUGACCGUUUCCAUACAUUGAAUCAACCAAAGAAUCCUGUUUCUGAUGCAGACAAUGUUUCCAAUGAUGAUUGUCAAGAGGUAUCAACUGAAGAAGAUAAUUUGGAAACUGUAAAAGUAAAGCAAGAUGUGUUGGAGCGUCAUGACUGUUUCCAUGCAUUGAAUCAGCUGAAGAAACCCGUUUAUGAUGCUGAUGAGGCUUCUGAUGAAGAAUGUCAAGAGGAAAUUAUGCAAAUUCAAGGGACUGGUUUGCAGGAUGAGGCUCUUGAUUCAAAAGCUUUGCAAUGUGAAAAGCUAACAAAUGUUUCAGGAGAUUUUGUUAAAGCAUCUGUACAACCUACCAUUUGUAGUGUGGCUGUGGAUAUUAGAACACCAAAUGGAGAUUCUGAGAGAUGCUAUGUGAUGGAAUUUGAUAUCAAUGCCCUUAGAGCAAAGAGAUGCCAGAGGCUUUUGAAAGCGGGUUCCACUUCCAAAUGCAAGUCAACGAAAAUGUGCUAUAAUGCAGCAACCUUAGAGACCAGUUCUGACGUGCAAAGUGAUGAGGCUAAAGAGAAGGCUCUAGUUGCCGCAACCACUGAAUUGGAAAGGUCCUUUAACAAAGCAGAUUUUGGAAGGAUGCAGGUUAUUGGGCAGUUUAAUCUUGGAUUCAUCAUCGGGAGGCUUGAUCAAGACCUAUUUAUUAUUGAUCAGCAUGCUGCCGAUGAGAAAUACAAUUUUGAGCGACUUUCACAUUCAACUAUCUUGAACCAACAGCCUCUACUUAAACCUAUACGACUAGAGCUUUCUCCUGAGGAGGAAGUUACGGCUUCAAUUCAUAUGGACAUUAUCAGGAAAAAUGGCUUCACAUUGGUAGAAAAUUUCAAUGCUCCUCCUGGAAACCAUUUCCUUUUAAAGGCUGUUCCCUUUAGUAAGAACAUCACUUUUGGAGUUGAAGAUGUCAAGGAGCUUAUUGCCACCCUUUCUGAUAGUCAAGAUGAGUGCACAAUGAUCAGUAGUUACAAGAUAGAUGAUUCCAAUUCUAUUUGUCCAUCAAGGAUCCGUGCUAUGCUAGCUUCGCGUGCUUGCCGUUCUUCAAUCAUGAUUGGCGAUCCUCUUAGGAAAAAUGAGAUGCAAAAGGUACUCCGGCAUUUAGCUGAGCUGAAGUCCCCUUGGAAUUGCCCCCAUGGUCGGCCGACCAUGCGUCACUUGGUGGACCUCUCGACUGUGCGCAAGAGCUAGUUGGAUCACCUUCAUAUAAAUUAUGUGUGAAUAGUGGGUGGCUGUUGCCAUUUUAUCUUCUAGCUGCCUAUUGUGUAUUAAAGCAGUGUAUUGAGCUUUCAGGCAGAGAGAGUGAGAGAGAGAUUCUUCUUUACAGGUUGUAUUGCUAUUGCAACCUAAGUUUUGAAGCUGAUUCGAUGCUAUUUAAGA